AUGGCUCGCUGUCAGCUUGUGUCCUGUUCUUGUGUGCUCCCAAACCAUGGUUCUUUUGGCAACAGGCCGCCAAGAUGUUGCUCCUCUUGUAGACAUAAUUAUCAUAAGAUCACGAGCCUACAUGGAAGCCAUAUCGGCCAGCUUCUCUUCUGUAAGGUCGCGGGUUGGAGCCGACUUCCUAGUUGA